AUGGAACUCUACUGUGAAAAGAGACUAGGCAACACUGAAUCAAAUGAAAAUCAAAAGAGAGAUGACAAUGAAUGCAGCACCAGGAUUAAGGAAAUAAGUGAAGAAGAAUUUGUAUAUUUGGAUUGUCCAAUCUCAGAUCUUGACAAACAUAAAAAUAAAAAUGCAAACUUUGAUACAAAUGAUACUGCUAAACGAGCAAAAUCAAAGUUAAUUUAUACUAAUAAUUAUGGCAGUAAAACCCAAUUUUUAAAAAUGAAAAAUGACAUAGAUUUUCAGAUGCUAAAGAAAAAGCCAUCUCUUAAUGAAGAACAUUUAUUAUCUUCAAAAAAAACUCAUAAGAACAAAAUUCUUUCAAAUCCGAAUGAAAAUUGUAAAAAUCCAGACCAUAGUUUUAUAGGAACAAAUUUUUCUAACAAUUUUUUAUCAAGUCUCAAAAAUAAUGGAAUGCAAAUGUUUAAUCUUAAGAAGUAUAAAAAUUUCGAAAUAUCUAGAAUGAAAAAUAGAAGCCCUAAGUUUUUUUUUAUUUUAGAUGCGUUUUAUGAUAUGAAUAAAAUAAAUAAUAGAUUGUUUGCAACCAUUUUAAUAUUUAAAGUAAUAUACAUGGAAAAAGAAACCUCUGAAGCAUAUAUUAAAACGGUUAAAAUUAUUGAAAUAAUGAAUAUUUUUUUCUUGGUUUGCAUUCAAACAUACAUCAUUUUUAUUAAAAAAUUAUUUGGGGAAAGGACAACAUAUUUUACGAGAUAUAAUGAGGGCACAUUGGCGUCAACUUUACGUCUUAUUUUAAGAUUUUUAGAGCCAUUAAUUUUCACCUCUUACAAUCUGCUCAAAAUGAAUAUGAUAAGAACCAUCCAAUUAUCCUCUGCGUCCUACUUCGAUCAAAUUCUUACAUCUGUAUCCUUUUAUAUAGUUUUAGGGGUCACUCUAUCACUUAACAAGGAUAGCGUUAACGAACUUUUGUUCAAAGAUCUUGUAAUUUAG